ACUUCAGGAACGGUUGCUAUGGAGCUGGUACCUCAACACCUCACACAAAGUUCACUCUGAAUGCCUCACAGUGGACUAAUAAUACAGAGUAGAGGGGGGUUUGUCAUAUUCAGAGAGGUAACAGGUGAUGUUAAACAUUUUAUUAGGAGGAGGGUGCAUGUGAAGGAAUGCAGGUCCAGUCGGUGCCCCUCGGCUCUGUCACCAUCGGACCGCAGUCUUGGCGCGAUGGGACGGUCCGCUCCAUCCGCCGGGCGGAGCGCCUGGUGCGGCAGACUCGGGCCGGGCGGUCGGGGACUUUCAGCCGGGCCCGGAGCUGCAGCGCCGCAGCCGGUUUCACCCCAAAGCUCACAGACGGCACAACGGAAACAACCGAAGAUAAGAUCACAGGGGAGGAAUGUGGAGAGAGUCGUGACUCCAUCUGCAAGAAUAAGAUGUCGAGGCCCCAAACUACAGGAGCAAUGUUCCCCAGUGGCUCCCAGAGGACGUCCGUGGCCCCGUUCCCGCCUACCAGCUUGCGUGAGCAGUGUGCUGGGGCCAGCGUUGCCGCGGCCGGGGAGUACAUGCGAAGGGUGCGGGAGGUGGAGGGCCAGCUGCGCAGGCAGGCCGGCAGGGUGACCCAGGAGGGUAUCAGGUUGGAGAGAGAGAAGGGUCACCUGGAGAGGAUGCUGCGCAGCCUGAGGACUAAUCUGACUAUCAACAGGAGGAGCUCGGAGGGGAGGACCAGGAGGCCGUCUACUGCUGAGACGGAGAGAGAUGGUGCUGAUUACUUGUUAUUGUGUGAGAGAAGAGAGCUGGCCCAGCUGAAACAGGAUCUGGAGGGAGCACUGCGAAACACCCUGACCCAGCUACAGGCCCUUGGUCAGAGCAGCAAACAGCUGCUGGACUGUGCCAGUGAGAGGGCUCGUGUCCUGGAGCUGCUGCCUCACAGCGGUUCUGCUGGAGGACACCGCAGCGCUGCUCAGACCUUCACCAAAACAGACCCCGUCAGCCCCUUUACACCAGAAUGUAAACAGGUUUUAGAGUCGUCCACUUUGACAGUGAACCAGUCACAGCAACUGAGGGAAAACAUCAGACAGAUGCUAACCAGUGCCAUCACCAGGCAGAAAGCUACUCACCGCACCGUCAAUGACGGCCUGGUGAAGAAAAUGGCAGAGACAAUCAGUCUGCAGCAAAAUCUGACUCUGAUGUCUGCAGCCACCAGGCAGGCAAUGUUUCGCAAGCAGAGGGAAAUUAACUGUAUUCGUCACAGCCAUGACCGAGUACAGGGUCCAGAGUACAGCGGUGACAUAUUGUCCAGAGAGAAACUCAACAGGCCUCUGGUGCAGGUUUAUCAGAGACACCCAGGGACACAAUUACCUGAGGCUGCUCAUCUCAUACAGGGCAGCGCAGUGCUGAGGCAAUGUCUAAUGUCCUCUGAAGGUGAGCUGGCGAGGCUGCAGCGUGCCUGUCUGCAGCUGCUGGAUGACCAGCACGGCAAGAGAGCAGCAGCUCAGGUGGACGCAGCUGUCAUCCGCAUGAGGCGGCAGCAGGUCGACAAGAGAGCCAUGCCUUCUUUUCUCCAGCAGGGGGCGUGCAGAAGCCAACUCCCCUUAUCUUGUGUUCAGUAGAGCUGCAGCAGCAAGCAUGCGAGUUGAGAGAGAGCAUAGUGUUAAGUGUGUUGUGAGAGAUAGGGAUCAGUCAUGUGUGAAAUGGUUCAAGAUGAAUAAAAUGGGAUAAAGACUACACUAUGUGACCAAAAGUAUAUGGAUGCCUCUGUUUAAACACUUGUAUACUUUUGGUUUUGGUUAGUCCCUUUAGUUCCAAUUAAAGAUUAAGGGGGAAAGUGUGCUUCCAGCUUUGUGGCAGCAGUUUAGGGAGGGCAUUUUCCUGUUUUGAUUACCUCUGUGCAGGAGGUUCAUGAGGAAAUGGUUUUCCCAGUUUAGUGUUGAAGAAGUUGACUGGUCUGUACAGAUCCCCAACCCAUCAAACAACUUAGGGAUGAACUGAAAUAAUAACUGUGAUCCAGGCCUUAUCACCCAAGAUCAGUGUUGGAUCUGACACUCUUGUGGCUGAUUGGGUGCAAAUCCUGCAGCCAAGUUCCAAAAUCUUGUGGAAAGCCUUCCUAGAAGAGUGGAGGCUGUUGCAGUGGCAGAUUAAUGCUCAUAGUUUCAGAAUUAAAUCUUUAAACACCACAUUGGGGUGUAAUGUUCAGAUGUCCACAUACUUUUGGCCACAUAGUGUAUGUUUCUGCAAUAAGCUGCACACAUAGAAUUGAUCAUUUUCUCUUUUUUUCUCUUUGUGCAAUAACAUUUUAAACACUGAAACUUAAUAAAGGUUCAAACAAAGAGUUGCGAUGUGCAAGACUCUACACUUCCUGGUCAGAAAGAAAGCACAGCCAUGUUCUGAGGAUUUGUGUUGGGUAAUUUAUGAAAGCUCAGACAAAUCCAGUAAGUUUUGGAAAGUAUUGGAAAAUCCCUUUUAAUGGCCUGUAUGUAUACGUGACUGACAUAAUCUUAAUUUCCGUGAUGCAGCAAACACCAGCCAACUGUUAUUUCAGUGAUAAAGAAAUACCAAGAUUAA